AUGGAAAAGAAGAAGAGGGUGGCAGCGGGUGUUCCCGGCAGCCACUCGAUCUCGCCGGAGGGAAACAGCUGCAAGGGUGGAGGCAGCGGCACAAUGCGAAGGUGGAAAGAGGUGGCGGCGACUUCAGUUGAUCAUGACGCACGCGUCGGUAUUCACAGCUCCGAAGUGGCCUUCGGUGGUUCACUCACGGCCGGCCAUGAGAUCACAGGCAGUAGCGGCGGCGAUUCAUGGCUGAGACGUCACUGA